AUGUCGUCUUUACAUAGCCAAGCUUCAAAAUAUCAGGCUACAUCAGUAAUCAAUGGGCUGCUUUCGAAUCUUUUGCCUGGUGUUCCCAAAAUUAGAGCCAGUAGUAAUAAAGAAAGUGUACAGAAUGGGUCAAAGGCUCAGUUGAUCGAUAGAAAUUUGAGAAAGAGAGUGGAGUUACAAAAUCGUGAUGUUCAUAAAAUUAAAAAAAGAUGUAAGUUAGCCAAAAAGAGACAGGUCAAAAAACACAAACAUGAUAAGGAGCAACUUGAACAACUGGCGAAAUACCAGGUUCUAAAAAGACAUCAACAAGAGGGAACACUAACGGAACACGAGAGGAAGUAUUUGAAUAAAUUGAUUAGAAGGAACUCCCAAAACCUGAGGUCGUGGGAUUUAGAAGAGGAAGUACGAGAUGAUCUUGACGACAUACAACAGUAUAUUUUAAAAGAAACAGUUUCUACCACUAAGGCGGAUAGGACUAAAAGAAGAAGGUCCAAAAGAAAGCAAUUUAAAGAAGAGAUCAAGAACAGUGAUUAUGUCAAGGACCACAGGUAUCCUGGUUUGACACCAGGGUUGGCACCUGUAGGACUAAGUGACGAGGAAGACUCAAGUGAAGAGGAGUAA